AUGUUUCUUAUUCUUUCAUUUCCUUUUAACUCUUUUUUUCACUUUCAUUUCCUUCUACUUUUUUAUUAUUUCUUACACUCAAAUUUCCUUGAUAUGUUUCUUACUCUUCCAUUUCGUUCUGAUUUUCGUAUUUUGCAAAUAAUUCUUUUUUUCCUCUCUUCCCGUAUUCUUAUUCUUUCAUUUCCUUCUAGACCGUUUCUUGAUACAUUUCCUUCUACUUUUCCCAUUAUUUCUUAUUUGCUUUUCAUUUCCUUCUACUCUUAUUAUUUCUUGUUCUUUCAUUCCUUCUACUCUUCCCCAUUCUCCCUUCUUUCUUUCUUCUUUUCCCUAUUUCUUAUUCUUUCAUUUCCUUCUCUUCCCCUUAUUUCUUAUUCUUUCCCUUCUACUUCCCCCUUUCAUUUUCUAUCCUUGUCUUUCAUUUCCUACUACCUAUUCUUUCAUUCUGCAGAUUCCCCGUAUUUUCUUAUUUUCUUUUUAAUUUUAUUAUUUCUUAUUCUUUACUUUUUCCAUUUGUUAUUCUUUCAAUCGAUCUUCCCAUUUUUCUUAACUUUCCACUCUUCCAUUUUUCUUAUUCUUUCAUUUCCUUCUUUUCCCAAUCGCUCUUAUUCUUUCAUUUCCUUCUACUCUUUCCGUAUUCUUUCAUUUAAUUAUUAUUUUCUUAUUCUUUCAUUUCGAUUCUACUUUUCCCAUUAUUUCUUAAUCUUUCAUUUUCCUUCUAUACUCCAUUAUUUCUUUCUUUCAUUUCCCUUCUCUCUUCUUGUUUUCUUAGUCUUUUUAUUUCCUUCUAAUUUUCAUCAUCAUUUCAUCUUUUUCCCAUUUUUCAUUUUCUUUCAUUUAAAGAUCCUUCAUUGUUCCAUUUUUCUAUUUCUUUUUUUUUCAUUUUCUAUUUGUACAUCAUUCGCCAUUUUUUUCUUUUUCAUUUCCUUUUUUUUUCUUUUUCAUUUCCUUGAAAUUUCAUCAUCGUUCACAUCCCUUUUUCAACUUCUUUUUAUUUCCUUGAAAUUUCAUCAUCGUUCACAUCCCUUUUAUUUUUAUCUGAACGGGUUCAUUUCUUUUCCAAUUUCAUCAUCGUUCACAUUUUUUUUUCUUUUUCAUUUCCUUGAAAUUUCAUCUCGUUCACACAUCCUUUUUAUUUCUUUUUGUUUCCUUGAAAUUUCAUCAUCGUUCACAUCCCUUUUUUUUUCUUUUUUCAUUUCCUUGAAAUUUCAUCAUCGUUCACACAUCCCUUUUUAUUUUUUUUUUAUUUCCUUCCAAUUUCAUCAUCGUUCACACAUCUCUUUUAUUUCUUUUUUUUUUUCUUUAAAUUUCAUCAUCGUUCAUGACAUCCCUUUUAUUUCUUUUUUCAUUUCCGUUUUGAAAUUUCAUCAUCGUUCACACAUCCCUUUUAUUUCUUUUUUUUCCUUUUUAUUUCAUCAUCGUUCACACAUCCUUUUUUUCUUUUCCUUGAAAUUUCAUCAUCGUUCACACAUCCCUUUUAUUUCUUUUUUAUUUCCUUGA